AUGACCGCUGCUCUGCAUCACUUGCGAAUAUACCGCAUCAGGUCUAGCAUAUUGACUAAAUUCGCCGGCCCUAAUGCUCGUGUGCCUACAUCAGAAGAGGUUCAAAGUACUCUUUGGGAACUAGAUCAAUGGCGACAGGACGCCCCUAGGAAAGAAAAAUCAAAUCAUUUUCCUCAGCAAAAUGCAGAUCGAAUACAUACAAACUAUCUGCAAGCCGUCCUUCUGUUAAUCAGACCCAUUCUGGUAAAUCGUCCGACAAAUUUCGAUUCUAUAAAAUUAUGCGUCACGUUUGCCGCAGAUGCAUGCGAGAGCGCGAAGGCAUUGAGCUUGAAUCCUUUGACUCUACCAGACCGGAUCACUGUAUACCAUUCCUUCUAUGCGGGUAUUACCCUGUUACAAUGCCUUGCCAUAAAGCCCAAUUCCUUGACCCUCAGAGGAUCCCAUAAAGCCAUAAGCGCAUGUUCAAGCGCGCUGGCCGUAUACACCCGGGUUUUGCCCUCAGUUGCGCCAUUUUUACGUCUCUUCGAGGAUGUUGCAAAUAAAGUUGUCCGUGACGACCAUGACACCGAAUUUAGUCCAAGCCCCGAGGUACAGAGUUUAUUGAGUAGGAUAAUAUCGAGCGAUCCGUCUGAGAUACCAAGUAUACUGCAAUCUCUAUCCGAGGGGGACAAUCAAGAAAAUGUAUUUGCAUGGGCCACCGGUGUUCAAACAGAGGGCGAAACAACCGAGGUAUUUCAAUUUAUUGGCAGUUUUAUCACAAAGCUAAUAUUAUUUCCAAAGCCAAUACAAUACGAGUCCAUCCUGGGCGGGCAAUCCUUGGUGGCACCACUCAACAUGCCCCUUGGUAUUUCUCCUCUUUACGUAUCCGAUACAGAAAUGAUGGACAUAUGGACGACGAGUUGGCUGAGUGGCAUAUCUACGGAAUUUUGUGGAGGGUCCUCCCUGUUCUGA